UUCCGUUUCGACCUCCUUGCUACACUCAAAGGCCAAAAUCGAAUAAUUAAACACGAAUUAUGCAGUGCUCUAAAAAUACUUGAAAGCGUGAUUCGUCACAUAGCCGAUUCCAACGUUCAUUAUCGGAUGCUGAUGGCUGUGAAUAUCUUCAAAAAUGUCAAGGACAAAAUUUCUGAUGGAGAGCGUGAUCAAGCGAAGGCUGGAUUGUUUCCUUCCCCAGAUAGUUAUGUCGAAGAUACGACGAAACUAGUAGCCGAAGUUAUUGCUCAAAUUCGAUCUAUCGUUGGUAUGAAACAGUUGCAUGAGGCUAUAGCCUUUUCAUGGAAUGUUGCAAGAUCGUCGAACAAAUCACCUGAUCCUGUUAUUGUAGGGUCAGCCGAACAGAUUCCGAAAGGAAAACCAUCGGAGGUGACCGAGAAUGUGAUCAAUCUCACUCUUUCGGCGCUCGAAUUGCCCUCAUUUUCUCACAUGAUUGGUGAAGGAACUAGCCGGAUCUGCUCCCUCGAUGAACUGCAAUGGAGUAAUUCUGAGGUCGAGCAGAGCUUUGAAACGAGUGAUUCUCCUGUCCUUGAUGAGUUGUGCGAAGAACCUCCAUUGGAGGUCGAGGAAGUAAGUAGUCUUUCCUUUUUUAAAUACAAAGCCACAGCUGGCAAAAAGAAAACAGUUCAAAAAGUAUGGAUGAGCAUCAUUACAAGUGAGAUUCGUGAGCAUUUUUGCUCCAUUGUAUUAAUUUCUUCAGCAAAUAGGAUUUGUAUUUGGAUGAUUUCCCCAGUUCUUAUGCCUCUU